AUUGCAAUUGCAAUGCUGAGUGUAUUAAAUAUGUAGUGUAAAACGAGAGUAGCAAUAAACCUCUCAUUGAAGAAGCACCAACUAAACCCACAUCGUCUCUCAUCAAUGCUACAAUCACAUUUUGUGCAACCUUGCAAAAAAACGAAACGCCUCUUGUUUGACCAAAAAUGGGGGGAAUUUGCUUUGUGGUUUUGCUCCUUCAAAUCAUAGUUACUGAAGUUGUUGGUGCUGGUGUUGGUGUUGGCGUUGGCGUUGGUGUUGGACCUGGAGGUGUUUGGUUUGGUGGAGGGAUCAACAGCCCAAGCCCAGGUGUUGUCCCAAGUCAAAAUUCGGCUUACACUGCUCUUCAAGCAUGGAAAUCUGCAAUCACUGAUGAUCCAAUGGGGAUUUUGAAGAAUUGGAUGGGUCCAAAUGUGUGUACUUACAGAGGAAUUUUCUGCACAAACUCUCAAGAUUACAUGGGCAACCCAACAGACCCAGUUGUUACAGGUAUAGAUCUCAAUCAUGCAAAUCUUCAAGGCACUCUUGUUAAAGAACUGUCUUACUUAACAUAUAUUUCUCUCAUUCACCUCAAUACCAACAGAUUUUCAGGUAUAAUUCCACAAACAUUCAGAGAUCUGUCUUCACUCAUUGAAUUAGACCUUAGUAACAACCAUUUCUCUGGUCCAUUCCCUACUACAGUACUAUUCAUCCCAAAUCUUCUUUAUUUAGAUCUCAGAUUCAACAGUUUCACAGGGCCAAUUCCUGAGGAUCUGUUCAACAGAAAACUUGAUGCUAUUUUUCUUAAUAAUAACCAGUUUGAUGGUGAACUACCUCAGAGUUUAGGGAAUUCCCCUGCUUCAGUGAUUAAUUUUGCUAAUAAUAAGUUUAGUGGGAACAUUCCUUUUAGUUUAGGGUACAUGGGUCCGAGAAUUAAGGAGAUUUUGUUCUUAAACAACGACUUAAAUGGUUGUAUACCAGAAGGCGUGGGAUUGUGGACGGAUUUGCAAGUUCUAGAUGUGAGUUUCAAUUCACUAAUGGGGCAUUUGCCUGAUACCCUUUCUUGUUUGAGUGGCAUUGAGGUUCUCAACUUGGGACAUAACAAGUUAUCUGGAGAUUUACCAGACUUGGUUUGUUCACUAAGAAACCUUGUGAAUUUGACUCUUGCUUACAAUUUCUUCUCUGAGUUGAGCCAGGAUUGUGAUAAACUUCCUUUGAGAAAUGUGGGUAUUGAUUUCUCAUUGAACUGUAUUCCAGGAAGACAAAUGCAAAGGCCUCAACCUGAAUGCUCUGUCAUUCCAGGUGGAAGUCUCAAUUGCCUUAGAGUACCUGCAGUAAAGCCUCUUGUUUGUGGAUGAAAAAACUGCUACUGCCUGACUUAGUCGGACUCCAACGUGGGUACCGAACACCCGGUGGAAAAAAAAAAAUCACUACUACUACUAUUUUAUUUAUUUAUGAGUGACAACAAUUGAGCACUAUCAUCAAUGUUUUUGUUGUAAACCUGGUUAUCUUGGCCUAGCACACGCAAGUUAUGACUUGUACCUUUCAAAUUUAUUUCUCUUCCUUAUUUCUUUAUGUUGCAUUAUGAAUUGUAAAUACUAGUAUUAAAUUA